AUGGCUGCCAGUCUUUCAAACACGGCUGGCUUGGCUGUUGCAUCUUUAUCAAACCAUGAUAGAAAUGAAAUCAGCAUUGUGAUCAGGUUCAGUAAAAAUCAGUCAUACAUUAUUGAUAUUGAUGCCAACAACACAAUCAAGGAUUUAAAAGAACAUGUGGCAAGAGAGUCAAACAUAUCUUCAAGACAGAUAAGCUUUGUGCUUGGAGGACUGUUGCUAAAUGAUAAUUCAGUGUUAAAGGACUGUGAUCUCGGGGUAUGCACCACUAUUCAUGCAUUCUGCUGGUGUGAUGAUGGCUUAAACAGUGGAGAUGUAGCUCUUAAAAUUCCUCUCCCUGGAGCUCAGGGAGUUCAACCUGUAACUGAAUCUCAGAUUCCUGAAGCUAGGGAAUCAGAUGUGGAUGUAGGAGAGUCGUUCCCUGUACACCAGUCUGUUGCUGGAGGGUCUGAUAUUGAUAUCAGAGAACCAUUGAGUCGAGGCCACUGCUCUUCUGCGACUGUAGGAUCUGAUGUUGAUAUCAGAGAACCAUUCGGUCGAGCCCGCUGCACUGCUGCAGCUAUAGGGUCUGAUGUUGAUGGAGCUGCUGGCACCCAUGCAAGAGAAAAGACGCUGGGUGACAAGAUGUGCAGCAGAACAGUGCGACAGAAUGAGUGUCACAGGUUCUUUGUCUUCUGUAAACUUUGUGACUGUAUCCGUCCAGCAAAGUUGAGGUUGAGUUGUACAGAAUGUGGCAAUGGAGCGUUUAUUUUAGAACGAGGACCUUCCAACUGGGAGGACAUAUCAUCGAAUACUACCUUGAAAGGAGUUUGUACAACACCCAGCUGUGAUUGCAAUACCCCAAAAUUUUACCUGAGAUGUAGUCAAAGCCACGAAGGAGAGCUGGAAGGAACAUCUGUGGUGCUAAAACAUGUACAGUCUAACCAUCGAAGAAUAGCAUGUAUCAUCUGUGAAGAUGUUGUGUCUCAUAUCUUAAUAUUCCCUUGUUCUCUUGGUCAUGUGAUUUGCCUGGAAUGCUUUCGUCAGUAUGGUUCUACUUGCUUAAGUGAACGUCGAUUUGUUGAACAUCCUCUACAUGGGUAUACUCUGCCUUGCCCAGCUGGUUGCGUCGACUCACAUAUAGAAGAGAGUCAUCAUUUCAUUUUGCUGGGACCUGAGAAGUAUGAGCAUUACAAAAUGUUUGGGGCUGAAGAGUAUGUGCUGCAGAAUGGUGGCGUUCUGUGUCCUGCUCCUGGCUGCGGCAUGGGUCUCUUUCCAGAAGAGAAUGAGCGCUUAAUUAAAUGUCAGGAGUGCAAGUAUGAAAGCUGUAGAAACUGCAGGAGAGCUUACCAUACAGGUUCCUGUGAAGAUUAUUUUGAUUCAAUACAUCUUAAUCUUUCGGAUCUGGCUAUAGAUGAUGAAAGAGCACAGCGGUCCUGUUGGGAGACACAGUCGCUUAGUUUGAUAGAAGAAACAACCAAGCCUUGUCCAGGUUGCCAGACAAAAACUGAAAGAAGUGGUGGUUGCAUGCACAUGGUCUGUAGCCGCUGCUACCAGGAAUGGUGUUGGGUCUGUGUCAAAUCUUGGAACCGAGAAUGUCAGGCCAGCCAUUGGUUUGGAUAA